AUGGAACAGCAGGCUCCUCGUGUGCGGUUGCUCACCCAGAACAUGAAUAUCCAUCACUUUGUUGGCCACUCUUAUCCCAACCGUGAAGCCCGGGUGAAUGGUCUGCUGGCACACGUGGACGAGUUCGAUGUGGUGAUGCUGCAGGAGCUGUUCAAGUUUCAUGCCAGCCACGCCCCGCCCCACUGGUUUCAACAGGACACUGGACUGUUGAUCUUGAGCAAGCACCCCAUCGUCUCCUCCAAGACCAUCUUCUUCAAGGAGCGCAGUGUUGCAGAAAUGGUCUCGCUCAAGGGCGCACUGAUGACCAAGCUCAGGCUGAGCGACGAGGGACCGCACCUCGUCGUUAUCACCGCCCACCUCGACGCCCACAGCCUUGACAUCCGGCUGGCACAGCUCAAACAGAUCAUGACCGAGCUGGUUCACAAAGAGUUGGCCGAGGACGAAGAGGCGCGCAUUGUGUUGGGCGGCGACCUCAACAUCGACAGCAUUCACCACGCGGAGGCGUGGGAGGCCGCCAAGGGGAUCCUCCACCCGCUCGAGAGCGCCGUGGACAAGGGCGCCUACCGCGGCCCCGAGGGCGGCCGGCCCUACCCAGUCACCCACCACAAGUGGGACGUGUGCCUAGACCACAUCUUCGUGCACGGCGUGGCUGUCGACGCCAACUCGCUCCAGCUCCACAAGUGGCCCGCCGUCUUCGCCACUCCACCUUAA